AUGGCCGCUGCAUCAAGCUACGUCGUCGUGUCGUGCCGAGGAUGGAUGGAUCCAUGCUCUGCGCGCCUCCUCCCGCAGUCCCGCGCCACCGCCGUUCCAUCUCCGGCCACCCGAGCCGCCGCAGCUCCGGCCACUCGCCGCCCCUGCGCAUCAAGCCCCUGCGCCGUGCUCCUCGCCUGCUGCGAGCCUCUGCCUCGACUCGUGCCCGAACUCCUUCCCGAGCCGGAGCUCCUGCCUCGACCUCACCUCCACCUCGUCGCGCCGGCGACUCGUCAUGCCGGACUCCUCCCGCAGCAGCUCCUCCCGAUGCCAUCGCCUACCUCCUCGUCCCCGUGCCCACAGCCGCGGAGCAGAAGCCCAAGCCCCGGUGACCCCUCCUGGACCUGUUGCUGCCGCCGCCUCGCCAGCGCCGCUCGCCUCCCCGGCGCCGCCUUCUCCAUCGCGGUGAAACUGCCGCUGCUUCUGUUGCUUGUUCUUCAGAAGCGAGCAGAGCCACUGCCGCCCAACCCGGCGCGCCUCCGCCCCUUCUCCGGCCAAGUCCGGUGCCCCAUGGCCGGAUCCGCCGUCGCCUGCUCGUCGAUAGCCGCCGCUGUGCCCGCGACCCCUGCUUCCUGUCGCCAUGGUGCCGCUGCAGUUCUUCUGCAGUUAGAUGCAGCAGUGCUGCAUCGAGCGCACGCCCGCGCCGCCGCGUUGACUUCGUCGCCCUUCACCAGCUACCAGGCCCAGCGCCCGCUUCUGCCUUGGCCUCUCCACCGACCUGGGCUUGGCCCAUGGUGA